GGAAGCAUAAUUCGACUGCGACGACAUUAUCGUAAUUAACAUGGCGUUUUAUUUUUACGCCGGCCUAUUGGUUUUGUUGAGCGCUCAAAAUUUAGUGGAAGGAAUCAUCGGCAACAACAUGUGUGUGAACCCAUUUGUUGACGACUUCCUUGAUCUCUGUCCAACUCCUCGUCACAUACAAGAGAAAAUCAAAGCUAUUCAGCAGCAAGGACACGGCAGCACUUACGUACCGAUUUACGUAUUUGUCGACGAUAAGUUCGAGUGCGAGCUGAUAUGGGUCCCAGAAAGACCCGAUUUUGGAUUUUGCCUAAAAGAAAAUUGCGAUCGUUUUUGUGCCAAAGCAAAAUCUCCCUGGAGGAAAGCACUUGCAAAAGCUGAAAAAGAACUGAUAAAAGAGGGAAAAAUAAGACCAGCACAAGAAGCUAUUAAAGAUAAAAAGGCACAAAAAAGGAAGUUGAAGAAGCAACAAAAAUUGCAGAACAGCCAGGACGCGAAUUAUUACGUUUAUGAUUUAGCAACAAAAAAAUAAAGUGCCGAUUGCCAAUUAAAUUUUAAUAAAUCACAAA